GGACAGGGCUUUUCAAUGAUUUGGAGUUUGGGGCGGGGAACCAGUCGCUCCGCAGUGGUGAAGCCUUUUCGCCCGCCUAACAGAAGAGAGUAAGCGGUAGGAGAGAAAGGUAGUCGGGAAGUGUUUUCUCAGAACUCUGUAGGGGUUUUAGAUUACUGGUAUUUUGAACUCUCCUACUUUCAGUUUCUCCCUUUGAAGUCACUUCCGCUUUGAGGAGGACACAUGACAAACCUGUGGCGGGAGUUGGAGAUUCUGCAGCGAGUGCACCAGGAUCAUCAUGCCCAAAGGUCAUAACAUAAGAAAGCCUCUUACACCUCAGGUUGCUUGUUUGACAAGUGAAUCUUGCAAACAGCUGGAUUUUUUGCCUGACAAACUAAGAGCAAAGCUGCUUCCUUUCCAGAAAGAUGGCAUCACAUUUGCCCUCAGAAGAGAUGGCAGGUGUAUGGUGGCUGAUGAAAUGGGUCUAGGGAAGACAAUUCAAGCAAUUGGCAUCACUUACUUCUAUAAGGAAGAGUGGCCUCUUUUAAUAGUGGUCCCUUCAUCUCUGAGGUACCCUUGGACAGAAGAAAUAGAGAAAUGGAUCCCAGAGCUAGGUCCAGAAGAAAUCAAUGUUAUUCAGAAUAAAACUGAUAUUGGGAGAAUAUCGACCAGCAAAGUGACAGUUCUGGGUUAUGGCCUUUUAACCACAGACGCCGAGACUUUGAUAGAUGCUCUGAAUGAUCAGAACUUCAGAGUAGUUAUUGUGGAUGAAUCUCACUACAUGAAGUCCAGAAAUGCAGCUCGCAGCAGGAUUUUAUUGCCACUAGUACAGAAAGCCAAACGAGCCAUUCUUCUUACAGGAACCCCAGCUCUGGGAAGGCCUGAAGAGCUUUUCAUGCAGAUUGAAGCUCUCUUUCCACAAAAGUUUGGAGCAUGGACCGACUACGCCAAAAGAUACUGUAAUGCACAUAUCAGAUAUUUUGGUAAAAGGGCUCAAUGGGAUUGUAGAGGGGCAUCAAAUCUUAAUGAACUUCAUCAGCGAUUAAGUGACAUAAUGAUUAGAAGAUUAAAGAGUGAAGUUUUAACCCAGCUGCCCCCUAAAAUCAGACAGCGUAUUCCAUUUGAUCUUCCAUCAGCAGCAGCCAAGGAAUUGAAUUCCAGCUUUGAAGAGUGGGAAAAAUUAAGGAGAGCUCCAAGUUCAGGUGGCACCGAGACUGUCGUGGGGUUGAUUACUCGCAUGUUUAAACAAACUGCUAUUGCCAAGGCAGGUGCUGUAAAGGAUUAUAUUAAGAUGAUGCUUCAGAAUGAUUCGCUUAAAUUUCUGGUUUUUGCUCACCAUUUAAGCAUGCUCCAAGCUUGCACAGAAGCCGUCAUAGAAAACAAGACGCGUUACGUUAGGAUAGACGGAAGUGUUCCAUCUUCAGAAAGAGUACAUCUGGUUAAUCAGUUUCAAAAGGAUCCUGAGACUCGUGUGGCUAUCCUAAGCAUUCAGGCUGCUGGUCAGGGUUUGACAUUUACUGCUGCAACUCAUGUCGUAUUUGCUGAGUUGUACUGGGACCCUGGACAUUUGAAACAAGCAGAAGACCGUGCUCACCGGAUUGGACAGUGCAGCUCUGUGAAUAUUCACUACCUCAUUGCAAGUGGGACUCUGGACACGCUUAUGUGGGGAAUGUUGAAUCGCAAGACUCAGGUUACAGGGAGCACGCUGAAUGGUAGGAAGGAAAAACUUCAUGCUGAGGAGGGUGAUAAGGAAAAAUGGGAUUUCCUGCAGUUUGCUGAAGCUUGGACUCCAAAUGAAAGUUCUGAAGAGCUCAGGGAUGAAAUGUUAUUCACUCACUUUGAAAAAGAAAAACAGCGUGACAUUCGAUCCUUCUUUUUACCAAAACCGAAGGAGAGACAGUUGGUGACCUCCUGUGAUGAGUCAGGGGUGUUCCAGGAGAAAACUCCUGUAGUGCCAGCAGCCCCUGGAAAAACAGCUGCAAGAGAUGUCACUGGUGAUGGAAGCGAUCUUGAACCUGAAGCCAAAAGGCUGAGAUCGGUCACCCCCGAUGACCGCAGCAGCCCGUGGGAGGAGAGACCUUCCUGGCCCCCGCAGAUGAAAGAUCUGCUCAUGGAGGGGGCCUGUGAGGCCAAGACCCAGGCCGCCACCCCGGCCCUUCCUGGUGAGGGCUGGCAGUGUGGUUUCUGCACCUACGUCAACAGCUCAGUGUUGCCGUACUGUGAGAUGUGUGCGAAUCCUCGGGGCCGUGGCGGUGGCCUCAACCACACCCAGAAUCAAAGCAAACACGAGAAAGAUGAUUCUCAGAAAGACACCUCCAGAAAAACUCAGACUAGUUCUGACUGUGAAAAACAAGGGCUUGCAUGUUCAGAACCUGAACCGUUAGCUGAGAGCAAGGAGGAAAUAUCAAAAACCAAGAGUGAAGACAGACUCUCAUCCCAGCCAGGUGAUGGACAUUUGCUGAGUGCGGACCCUUUGCCGGUAUACGAUACCUUAAUGUUCUGUGCAAGUAGGAACACCGACCGGAUUCACCUCUAUACUAAGGAUGGAAACCAGAUGAACUGUAAUUUUAUUCCUUUGGAUAUAAAAUUAGACCUUUGGGAAGAUUUACCAGCAAGCUUUCAGCUGAAACAAAAUCGCUCCCUGAUUUUGAGGUUCGUUCGAGAAUGGAGUAGUCUAACUGCCAUGAAGCAAAGGAUAAUCAGGAGAAGCGGGCAGCUGUUCCGCAGCCCAGUUCUUGCUUUGGAAGAACUCACAAAGCAGCAGACGAAACAAAACAGUACCAAAAGAUACAUAACCAGAGAAGAUGUUGCUGCAGCCUCGAUGGACAAGGUGAAGACUGACGGGGGCCGUGUCCGUCUGAUCACAAAGGAGGCCGGGCCCCGGGACUCUGCUACAAAGGAAUUGCUGGAAGAUGGAGCCUGUGUCCCACUUCUAAGUCCCUGCGCAGCCCGAGCGGAUCUCACUGUGAAGCCUCCUACAUCCAAAGGCUAUUUGCAAGCUGUGGAUGAUGAAGGAAACCCACUUUGCCUUCACUGUCAGCAACCCACUUUCCAAACUAAGCAAGAGCGUAAAGCAAAUGCUUGGGAUUCACGGUUUUGCUCUCUGAAAUGUCAGGAGGAGUUUUGGAUUCGAUCUAAUAACAGUUACCUGCGAGCCAAAGUAUUUGAAAUCGAGCAUGGCGUGUGUCAGCUAUGUAAUCUGAAUGCACACGAACUCUUUUUACAUCUGAGAGAUGCCCCUAAAAGUCAGAGGAAGAAUCUUCUGGAUAUUACCUGGACCUCAAAGCUCCCAUUAGAACAGCUUAAUGAAAUGGUAAGAAGCCCAGGGGAAGGGCAUUUCUGGCAGGUGGACCACAUCAAGCCGGUGUCCGGUGGAGGAGGGCAGUGCUCCCUGGACAACCUGCAGACCCUCUGCACAGUCUGUCACAAAGAGAGAACUGCCAGACAAGCCAAGGAAAGAAGCCAGGCGAGAAGACUCUCUCUAGCAUCAAAACACGGCUCAGACAUCACACGAUUUUUGGUAAAGAAAUGAAGUUAAAAUUUUUUUGAAUGGAUGACAGUUUAUAUGUGGAGAAUUCAACAAAUUUUUUUUCCUGUUUAAUAUUUUAAGAGUGAAAAUUUUCAGAACAAAAAUCAAGCAUUCACCUUCCCUUUUCAUGUUCAAUACCUUUUGAAAGUACUUCCCAGAAACAGAUACAAUUCUCAAUGUUUCUGUAAUCUUCUUGACUUCAUGGAGACUGUCAGUGAUGUUGUGGUAAGGUUUUGUUACGCUUUCAUUCCCCCGACUAUACUUUCAUCAUGGUAUUACGCAUAGAUUUUUUAAAAAUAUGCUCUCAAUUACUUGAAAAAUACUGCUGGAUUAGUACUGGUUCUGAACUGCGGUGUUUCUAAAUGGAACAUUGUAAAACCAAAAGAGAAAUUUUGGAGGCAAAUCAUCAUUAUUCCGGAAUUCUGGCCAGGCGUGACCUGCCUGUUUAGUAUGCAAGAAAGACGUACUCACCAAAUGCUUCCAAGAUGGGCUUGAGGUGCACAUUUUGAGUGUUGUCUUCUUUGUUUUAUUUCUUAGUCAGUUGUCUUUACUGAAAAGAUGCUUUUGAAAAUAAGCUAAUUGGACCUAUGGUGUUUGGACAAUUCAGGGGUUCUGGCUAAACUAACUUAAAAAUAUUUAAACUGCAAACAUAAAAUGUAAGAUGCCACUUAAACUUCAUUUUUUAGUGAGUUUGUUUUGAUGCAUAAAAGUAGGCUUAUUGUCAAAGCACCCUUUCUCUCCUGGUUAUCAUUUUGUUUUUAAAAUCCUAUUUUAUUAAAAGUGUACCUCUUUUAAAAGGAAUGAUAAUGAUAAAACACUUAAAGCAUGAUCAGAUGGAGACAAGUUUUUAAGAAGUACAAGGGUACUAUUAAAAUGCAACUGAUGUUCAAAAAUAAGAGUGAUGCUAAAACAAAACUAAGGCAUAAUCCUGCAGUAUGUCAGUCAUGAGGUCACAGAGUCAGAGCUACAUGAAAUCCAGGACCAAGCAAGAACUACUUUACAAAAGGCCUGUUGUUUGUUAAAUACUGUUUGGAUAUAAACCUCAUUAGUUUGAGCACUCUGUAACUUUAAUUAGUAGCUGGUAUUUUACAAUGUAGAGGGCUUAUUAUAAAUUUUAUACCAUCAUAAAUCAUCUUUUCAGAGUUUUUAUUAUGUUUAUAAUAUUUCAUUGUAUGAGAUCAAAUAGUAUUAUUUUAUAAAUUAGUUGGGCUUUCUUUGGCCUCCUUUCUGCUCUGCUAAUCAGGCUCUUUGCAGUUUUCUGCCUCAUUGCCAGGGUAACCUAGGAGUCCACACUGUUGAGAGCUGAGAAGCCAGCACGCUACGUUUCCUCUGGCAUGAGGUGUCUGUAAGUGAGACUUUGGUCUAAGUAGGUCAAAUCUGAAUGGCGCUUGCUCUAUAGAUCAAACUAAAGUGGCAAUACUAGGGAGAAAGUUCUCAGAUGUAGGAACUGUAGGAUGGUUUGAGGUGAAAUGACCCAUGAAGAUGGUUUCUCUGCUUGACUGAUUUCAAAAUUCCAAUCAAUUAAAAAUGCUGUAAGAGCAUCAAGAAGAAUAAAAUAGUUAGGAAUAUAUUUAACCAAGGAGGUGAAAUAUUUAUACACUGAAACUUGCAGUCUUUCAUAAAAGAAAUUUAAAAAAAAAAAACCAAUCAAAUGGAAAGAAUUCCACAUUCAUGGAUCAAAAAACUUAAUAUUGUUAAAAUGUCCAUGCUACCCAAAGCUUUGUACAGACUCAGGGUAAUCCCUAUCAAAAUUCCAAUGGCAUUUUUUCACAGAAAUUUAAAAAUACAUCCUGAAGUUUGCACAGAACCACAGAAGAUCCCAAAAAGCCAAAGCAAACUUGAGAAAGAAGAACAAAGCUAACAGCAUCAUGCUCCCUGAUUCCAAACUAUAUUACAAAGUGUGGUAACCAAAGCACUGGCAUAAACACCCAGAGAUCAGUGGGACAAAAUCACGCACCCAGAGAUCAGCCCAUGUAUGUAUUCAACUGAUUUUCAACAAACAAACCAAGAAUAUACAGUGGGGAAAGGACAGCCUCUUCAAUAAAGGAUGUUGAGGAAACUGAACAGCCACAUACAAAAGAAUGAAACUGGACCCCUGUUUUAAACCAUACAGACAAAACAACUCAAAAUGGAUUAAGGACUUGAACGUUAGACCUGAAAUCAUAAAACUCCUAGUAGAAAACAUUGGGAAUAAGCUCCUUAACAUCAAUCUUGGCUUGGAUUAUUUGGAUUUGACACCAAAUUUUUGUUGUACAGGCAACAAAAGCAUAAACAAACAAGUGGGACUAUAUCAAACUAAAAACCUUCUGCCCAGUAGAGGAGACCAACAGAAUGUAGACAGCCACAGAAUGGAAGAAAAUAUUUGCAAGCCACAUAUCCAUUAAGAGGUUAAUAUCCAAAUUAUAUAAGGAACUCAUACAACUCAACAGCAAAAAAAUACAAAUAAUCCAAUUAUGGGCAAAGCACCUGAAUAGACAUUUUUCCAAAGAAGGCAUACAGAUGGCCCAACAGGUACAUGAAAAAGUGCUCAACAUCACUAAUCAUCAGGGAAAUGCAAAUCAAACCAUGUGAAAUAUCUAUCACCUCACACCUGUUAAGAUGACUAUUAUCAAAAAGACAAGAGAUAACAAAUGCUGGUGAGGAUCGGGAGAAAAAGGAACCCUUGUGCACUGUUGAUAGGAAUGUAAAUUGGUACAGCUACUAUGGAAAACAGUAUGGUGGUUCCUCAAGAAACUGAAAGAACUACCAGCAGUCCCACUGGUAUAUGUCUAAAGGAAAUGAAACCAUUAUCUUCAAGAGGUAUCUUGUACUGCCUCCUUUGUUCAUUGCAACAUUAUUCACAAUAGCCAAGGUAUGAAAACAGUGUAACCGUCAUCAACAGAUGAAUGCAUAAAGAAAAUGUAGUAGAUGUAUACAACAGAAUAUUACUCAGCUUUGCAAAAGAAGGAAAUCCUGCCAUUUGCAACAACAUGAACCUGGAAGGCAUUAUGCUAAGUGAAAUAACCGAGAGGAAGAAGGACCAAUACAGCAUGAUGUCGCUUACAUUCAUGAAAUCCUUAAAAAAAAAAAAAAGUCAAACUUACAGAAACAGAAUGUAGAAAAGUGGUUACCAGGGACUGA